CAAAAUUACGUUUACGUUUUGUCCGAUAAACAAACUUUAGGCUUCUACUUUCUACUUUCCCUACUCUUUUUGCUUUCUUGCCGCCCAAAUUCAUUCUUUCUUUUGCGACUCUCACUUCCUGAAAAGCAAGUUCGCAAUCACACUGGGCUUCAAUGGAGCCAUUGUCACCUUAUGAAGCCCUAGAAUUGGACAACGAUUGCUCAAUUGUUCUUGAGCUAUCUAAAGAUGAUCCUCUUUUUGAGAAAAAGAUGAAAUUACUACAAAGUAAAGGAUUUAAUUCCAAGGAGAGAAUAAAUUUUAAGAGGGAUCCUGAUUUUGUUACUAUUACAUUGAAAGUAAUGCUUCAGAUAGCACGAAUCAUAAAUUUAGAUGAGGUAGAGCUUUAUUUUGGGGACGAUGGUAUAAGCUCACCAGAUGACCCAUACAGCCACAGAAAUGAGUUACAGGCACUCACUUCUAUACUUCGGCUUAUUGAUAUUUCAGCAUAUAGUAGUACACAAAUGCAGAAGGAUCUGUUUCAAAAAUUACAUGAUGCAAUUAUUGAUAUGAUCCAUACAUUUGCUGGAAAUAACAGUAUGCAACCUACAAUUAUAGAAAAUCACCAUUGUGACAAAGAGAAUGAUUUGUUAAAAUGGGGUGAACAGAAUGGCAUCAGGGCAAGAUUGCGGAUAGCUUAUGUCAAAGACGCUGGUAGAGGAGCCAUUGCAAGAGAAGAUUUAAAAGUUGGAGAUGCUGCUUUGGAGAUCCCUGCCUCUUUAAUAAUUUCUGAGGAGCUUUUGCGUGAAUCUGACAUGUAUCAUGUAUUAAAAAAGAUUGAAGGAAUUUCCUCUGAGACAAUGUUGUUGCUGUGGAGCAUGAAGGAAAAGCACAACUGUAACUCAAAAUUUAAGAAAUACUUUGCCACACUGCCAGAAGAAUUUCAUACAGGUUUUAGUUUUGGACUUGAAGCAAAGAUGGCCUUGAGUGACACCCUGUUGUUUGAAGAGAUAAUCCAAGCAAAUAACCACUUGCAUACCCAGUAUGAUGGAUUAUUCCCUAUACUAUGCAAGGAGCAUCCUGAUAUAUUUCCGCCAGAGCUGUACACAUGGGAGCAAUUCUUAUGGGCUUGUGAACUCUGGUAUUCAAAUAGCAUGAAAAUAAUGUUUGCUGAUGGAAAGCUCCGGACAUGUCUAAUUCCUAUUGCUAGCUUUUUCAAUCAUUCGCUAUAUCCACAUAUAGUGCACUAUGGCCGAAUAGAUUCUGCAACAAAUUCCUUGAAAUUCUGUCUAUCAAGACCAUGCAGUGCUGGAGAAGAAUGUUUUCUUAGUUAUGGAAACUUCUCUUCAUCUCAUCUGAUUACCUUUUAUGGCUUUGUACCAAAAGGACAUAACCCAUAUGAUAUAUUUCCAUUAGAGUUUGAGGAUGGUACUUGUCACAUGGUGAGGGCUACUUGGCUUUCAAGAAACAACCAUAUUUUUCAUUAUGGUCUGCCUACUCCGCUGUUGGACUAUCUAAGGAGACUUAAAAGUCCCAUACUGAACACUAAAACACUACUGCAGGGUAACUUGGAGAAUGAAUUAGAAGUUCUUGAAGAUCUCCUCUUCAUGUUUAAUGACUUGAUGGAGAAUCUUGGUGAUGCAGAUAUUGAUGAUGGUAUAGAAACUAGUUGGGACGUAAAGCUGGCAACUAAGUUCAAAGAUAUACAUAGAGGGAUUGUCUCUUCUGUUCUAACUUCAUGCUAUGAGGGUAUCAAGCUUUUGAAAAUUGAGUUAUCCAAAUGCAUGGAAGAGGACAUUCGUGGUUAGAUGAGCGGCUCAAAGCAACAUUUUUUUCCUUAUUCAGAGUAGGAAAUUAACCAGUUCAGAGUGUUGACGAGAACUAUCAACCGGAAGAUUGCUGUUUAGUUGGAGUAUAACGAACAUGAUACUGGGUAUAAAUUCUUCUCUAUCUAUUCAAAACAUUAUGGUCGCAAGGUAUAGUUUGCCAGUGUAUGACAAAUUGGCAAUUGUAUGAAAUGCAGUUGCCUAAGAAUAUAUGAUAUCACUUUGUCUGUAGUGCCAGGCGAAUUUUAUUCUGAAAGCUAUUCUUUUGGUUUUUAUUUUGUUAGGGUAAACUGUAAAUUCUCCCAGAAUUGACUUUCAUGAAGGGCAUGCAAAUUGAUUUCACAGA